GUGCUUGACAACGUCUGUGGAGGCCCAAGAGAUCAAAAAAUGAUAAGUAAAACUCGAAAAUUAACAGCAUCGCUGAUUAGAUUCAAUCAAAUCAUUUUACGUAAUAAUGAAGCGCCAGACCUGGGACCAAAUGCGCCAUAUCUUCGCCCAGGCUGUGAAUGCAGUGCACCCUGAGAAGAUAUUCGCCGACUUCCAGCGAUUCGACCUACGGCCCCAAAAAUCAGGAGAUAAUCCAUGCGAAAUCCUCAUCAAAUUGAAUGGAGAAACUGAGAAUAUUGGAUGCAGGAGGUGCCACAUUGUGGGCUUUGGCAAGGCUGUGUUGGGAAUGGCCAACAAGGUGCAUCAGGAUCUGGGUCAAUUGUCAGCCGGCGGAGUUGUAAGUGUCCCGAAGGGCACCCUGAAACACUAUCGGCAUUCUAUUGGCUCCGGCUUAAAAAUUUUCGAAGGAGCACAAAACAAUUUGCCAGAUGAGGAAGCCUUUAACGCGGCGCAAGAGAUCAGGGAUAUAGCCUUAAAUAUGAACUCCCAGGAUGUGUUGUUUGUAUUUGUUUCUGGUGGUGGCUCCGCCUUAUUGCCCUUACCCCGGGCUCCUUUGACCUUGGAGGAAAAACGAAGCAUAUCCGAUAAGCUAAUGAAACGGGGAGCCAGCAUCCAGGAAAUCAAUACCGUAAGGAUUGCCUGCUCGGACAUUAAAGGAGGCCGUCUCGCCGAGUUCGCCAAAAAUGCUGGUCUCUUGGUGACCUUUGUCCUUAGCGAUAUCAUUGGAGAUCCCUUGGAAUUAAUUGCCUGUGGUCCCACCAUACACCCCGUUCCCGGAGUUCCUGCAGCCGAGGUUCUGCAUAAAUUCAAAGUCUGGAGUGAAUUGUCCCCGGAAAUACAGAAACUUUUUGAGAUCCCAGAGGUGGAUGACAACUCUAUUCUGAAUAAGCAAAAGGUAUUUGUAGUUGGCAGCAAUGUGUUCGCAACGGAAGCGGCUUCCAAAGAAGCGAAAAAGCUUGGUUACAUCCCCUGCAUUUUGAGCUGUUCUGUCCAUGGAGAUGUGGCUCAAGUGGCUAACGACUAUCAUCGACUUUUGCAAGGAGUCCUGGAGACCAAACAACAGGGAAUUGCCGAGCCUCAACUGCGGGAAAAGUAUGCCUUUGAGGAUAAAAGGUAUCCGGAAUUUAUAGAAGCCCUGAAGGAGCAUAUACGCUCCAAAAAGCCAUUGCUUGUCAUCUGCGGCGGAGAGCCGGUCAUAAAAGUCACUGGCCAAGGCCUUGGAGGACGUAGUCAGCACUUGGCUUUGCUAAUGUCGCAGAUCUUGCAUCGGGAUGAUGCGUUGAGGGAGUGCAGCUUCUUCAGUGCCGGGACAGAUGGCAUUGAUGGGCCCACAGAUGCAGCUGGGGCUAUAGGUGACAGUCAGGUGAUCGAUUCCUUUCUGAAUGGACACACCCUAGACGAGUUGGCCGAAACAUUGCGAAACUGUGAUAGCUACAAUUUCUACAGGAUGCUCGAAAAUGGAAAUUACCAUGUGCUAACUGGCCACACGGGUACCAAUGUGAUGGAUAUGCAUUUUUUGGUCGUUCCAUAGUCCACAAAUUGUUUAGGGCAAUUUGUUAAUAGAACUCUCGAUGCUCUUGAACCGCAGACAGGCAAUAAUCGUUUAAAUUUGUUUUUACGAUUUUCCUCUUUAAUUUUGCUCUAUGAAAUUUUUACGUCUUUUUUCAUUAACGUUUUUAAUAUCCAUUCAAAUUCAAAUAAUUUUGUGAACUUUAUGCUCCAAGCAGCUCUCAAGUGACAGCAUAAAAUGGCAAUUAGUUUUCCACUUUCUGCUUCCAUUCCAUUGGGUUAUGUAUUAAGGCUUGAUUAUAAUUAUGUGAUGUAUGUGGCCACUAUAAAGCAGGAAUAUAGAAAUAUGUGUAUAUAGUUUAUAUGAGUAAUUUCGAUCCGAUUUCCAUUUCUCUUGUACUGCGUCUCAUAAAAAUGUGCUGCUAAUAAAUCAUCUUAAUUGUUUGAAACGCCAAACGGCAAACAGUAGCACUGGCAGGAAAGUACAGCAAUAGCCAGCGAUAAUUGCAAUUAAAAAUGUUAAUUUA